GUUGAUUGGACAAAUCGGCUGUCGCAAUGGCGCAAUCCGCAGAGGAAAUAACAUCACCCUAGCCAUAAAACCACGACCACUACUCCGUACUUCUACCAUGAUCAACCUAUCCCAUAGAGUUCUUAUGUGUGUUGUUCAUUAAUUCUAGAACUCUCUCUCUCCGACUUCGGUUCGCUUGAUAAGUUCAAGGGACUUUCUGUGUACUUGUACGAUAACGACUACGAUACCCCGUCGAUGAGAUUCAGGGUCUUCUUACCCCACGUGCCCAUACUCAGCCAGACGUGCUCAGGAAUACGCACACAUUCACUCAGAAGUCUCGGACCAUUAAUAACGACAUUAGAAUUUGCAUUUCCCUUACUGUAUUUACGAUUUUCAAAGGAGGUACAGGUACAUGUCAUUCUACAACAAAAGAGCACUGUCCUUGAAAGCACCUGUGCCUACACAAUUAUCCCCAACCUUAAAGACUUCAUAUAUAAUUUGUAUCUGACCGGGUAUAACAAGAUGGCAAUCGCGAGACUCUUGCCUGCAACCAAAUUCCAAGCUAUUCUCGUAAACGUCUGUGCCAAUAGAUCAUAUCGUACAAGCACACAGUAAUCCUAUACUCCAACAUACGGUUCUGACUUUCGAGACCAGCUCAUAAGACGUCUAAUCGGUAGGCUGGAGGUCGAUGUAGU